ACCGCCUCACCCAUAGCAAUAAUUAAUUUGAAUAAUCACAUUUUAUCCCGUGAACGUAACAAUAGCUGCUCCACAUAUCCGACACCGCAUGUCACUGGAAGGGGUCAUCGUUCCAUUACCCCAACUCUUGACAAGAGAAGACCAUGAUGCAGCGAUGAGACUUUUUGAUACCCUCGUCAAACAUUUUGAACAUUCAGACCCGAUCGGCAAAGGUUUAAAACCCGUUACGCUUGUUCGUCUUGUCAAAAAUGAGGUUUCCGAUAAGGAUAGCUUUUUAAGAUUCUUUUUCUGUUUUAUUGAGGAACAUUUGGAUGGGAUCUCGAAGAGUAAUGAUUUCAACCUCGCACAAAGUCUUUCUCGCUUGGGAAGUUUCACUACCUGGACCACCGAAGGUACUGAUGUCCUCCGUGACGGACUAGUCAAAUUUGCCAAGACUUUAAUGGACAAUUUCUUCUUACCCUUGAAGGCCUUAGCUUCAAAAACCCCUUAUAAUACGCCGGGCCCUCUUUCCCGUCUUCAACUCUCUGAAGGAGGAGGUAUUGGCACUCCGCAACGCCUCAAAUCUUUACAAGAUGACUGUCUUGAACGCGACCGUCAUAGAUGUGUCGUAGCUCGUAAAUUUUCUGUCAAUGAAGCUCAGGAACGAUUCGAAAAAGAUGGAGACAAUCUCAAAGAUGAUGAUGGAGAAUCUUUAUUGCCGGAGAGAAAUGAGAUGGCAUAUCUGGAAGUAGCACAUAUAUUCCCACACUCUCUUAUGUCCCUCUCCAGUAAUAGCGGAGAACAGAAGCUAGUACGUACGCUUACUGCUCGCCAUCUUUGACCUCUUACUUACAGUCUACCUAGUCCGAGUCUAAGGAGAUGGC